GACAUUCCAUCUGUCAUAAAAAUUAUCACAUACAUUCAUACCUUCAUCAUCAACCAAAAUUUUUCAAAAUUCCAGUACCAAAAAACCAAUAAAAUAAAAAAAAAAUCUCAUAAGUUGAACUCCCACGAAUUCCAAUGCCAAAAAAAUACCCAGGGGCAGUUAGAGGUCUCAAGAAAUACUCAGAGAGACUGAAAGGUUUCAUCCACGAAAGAUGCACGUGUUUUCCACCUUUAGACGAAGACAUGUUCGAAGUUCCGGAGCACCUUAUAAAAGAUCCGAUCAAAAGACGUCCUUCUAUAUUCAAAUUGAGCUUCGCUGAUGACUAUCCUUACACUAGAUUUCCCGAUGAUGACGAUAAAGACAAGGAUCCUGUUCCUUGCACUUGCAAUUAUUGUCCACUCUGCUACUGCAACCUGAAUCUGAAGCCUUUUCCUCAUUAUGUUUUGCAAAGGGAAGAAUUGCCCCAAUGGAUACAAAAAGUCCGUCCUUUAACAUUCAGGAAAGCAAAAGCAGAGUUAGAAGCCGACACCGUAUCCAUAAAAACUAUAACUUCAGAAAAGGAAAAGGAAAGAAAGAAAAAAAGGAUUACUACUGAAGAAACCGAAAACCCUGAGGAGGGAAAACAACCUGAUGAAUCCAAAGCCCAAGAAGAGACUGAACUGACACCAUCCUAGGAAAAAAUUAGGAACUUAUUAGCAUUGCAGAAUAUGUGGAUUAUCGAAAGA